AUGACCACCUUACUAAUCUCCAGAGCUUCCAGAAAGAAUCUAUAUGACUCGGAAGCGUCCAGUUCCGAUGAGGAAGUGUAUCUACCCAAGGUUGAGUUUGAUAUAGUCGAAGUUGAUGUUGAAGGGCCCCAACAGGAGGAGCAAAAUGGUGAUAUCCAAGAGGAGCCUGAGGCAGAAGAAUUUGCAUUUCCACUUUUUGGUUCAGCAACUGCAGAAGUGAUGACGGUGAGUAUGAAAGAAGAAGAGGAGGAAGUCAUCGUUAAUGAGCGUCCAGAAUCUUACUACAGAGCCAAGUACAGCUCAGAGGAGCAGUUAAAAUUCCAGCAAGCAGCUAUCAGUGCCGAAGACAUCUUUGCUGAGCUUAAAUUGCCCGCCAUUGAUGGCUGGCCCUGGAAGGUGAUGAGCUUGAAGAAACACAAUGAAAACGUCGAAAAGGAAAAACUUCGAGGCAGACGGCGUAGACCAGGCAUGAAAAAGCGCGUGAAUGCUAUCCAGUGUCGUGAAAGAAAGCAAAAGAGAGAAAAAGCGGCCAAAAAGCUUCUCAGAGAAGAACAGGCGAGGUUCAAGAAGCAGAAGUAUCGCAAGUUCAAGCCAAAGACGGAAAAGGUGGUCAAGCAGCCCAGCAAGCCGAAGUACCGGACAGAAUGA